GCUUGAACAAAAACUUUAUUUGUGCACGAUACAAACAAUGAACAGUUUUAUCUGCGGGUUUUCAAAUUUCGUUGUUUGUGCUUACUCUAGACUGGUUAUCACACAGUUUCCAACCCAACAAUUACCCAUUGACCAAACGUAAAUAUCAUACUUACAUCUUAUCAAUAUUGAAAAUGAAACGGUCCUUCUUCAGACUUGUGUGCGCGGCGUUGACAUAUAGAGAAUUCAGUUGCAGGAUGCAGAACAAAGGAGCUGCUCGAUACGAGAAAGUUGACGAAACAGCUAGCUGCUGGAUCAACAAAGAUAUUCGGAAAGCAGUUAGUAAAGAGCUCGGUAUCCUCCUCCCUUAAAAAAGUGAUGGGCUUUGUUGUGAAGCAUUUAAUUGAGAAUCGGUCGCCUGGUACAAGAAUUAAGGAACGCGAAUCAGAAAUAUGGAUUUUAUUAUAUAACCUACAAUCGCUUCAAACUUUUGGCGCUAAGCAGGCAGCAAAAUUUAAACGUCAACUAUGACAUGAUAAGGAGUGCGCGAAGCGCACUUAAAUUUCCUAGUAGAAGAAAACUUGUCGUGCAUAGUGUAAAUUCUGCACAUGCAUACCUUUGCUGCGCCUACGUACAGGUUAGGUUUCAUGAUAAGGAGUGCGCGAAGCGCACUUAAAUUUCCUAGUAGAAGAAAACUUGUCGUGCAUAGUGUAAAUUCUGCACAUGCAUACCUUUGCUGCGCCUACGUACAGGUUAGGUUUACACGUAGCUGUGAUAGCUGAUGCAGACAUGCGCGGGGAAAACCGUGCUCGGGCACGUAUGCAUGAUCGAUCGCUAAUUGUUCUCUCGCCCGGCCGUCUCUCAUUCUCGCGGCUCUAUACACGCCGAGAGAGAAGUAGCUCACUCUCUCCGGCAAGGCUUCGGCACAGCAGUCCAUUAUAUUUCACUGCACUUGUUCGAAGAUAUUUUCACUUGUAGUACCGCAACUUGUUGCCAGAUGACGCCACUUUUCAGAGAUAGAUCCGAAAAAAGACUUUUUUUCUCUUUUUCUCGUUCUAUCUCUUACCCCUACUCCUCCAGCCCCUCCGGGCCACUGCCUCUCCAUUUCAUACGUUUCUUGGCGCUCGGUGACGACACAUCGUGAACAUGGAGCAGGAGAGAACAAGACCUAGCGUUGUAAAAUUAAAAGAGGAAAAAGAGAAGGAAUUAAGAGAGAUAGAACAGCGAAUGAACGAUCUCUUAGGAGAACUGGAAAUGAUGGAGCAAUUACCGGCGGAUGAGGCUUUGACAUAUGAAGAGAUUCUUGACGCUCAAAAAGAGAAUCAGAUGGAGGAUGGAGAGGUUGAAGAAGAGGAAGAUCAAACGAAAAUUAUCGAGGAGGAAACAAAGGAAUUCCUGGGAGAGAACCCAUCUGAAGUUGACCAAAAGAAGCUUUUUUUAAUAAAGACAGUAGCUGACAGAGUUAAAGUCUGGUCAAGAAAGGGUCUGGCAAAUAAGGAGGAAAAACAAAGGCUCCUAACAGCGAUUCCUAGAAAAAAUGAUGAAAUAAAUUUAGAGGCUCCAAAGCUAAAUGAGGAAAUUUCAGUCAGUCUAACACAGAAAGCCCUAAUAAAAGAUGGAUUUUUUAAGGAGUAUCAGGACCUCUCAGGCGCAGCCUUGUCAGCGGCUUCAAUAGCCUUGAGCAUGAUCUUAAAUGAUAAGAAGCAACCAUUGGAAAGAGAAUCUCUUCUAGAUAAUUUGGGUGGUACAGUUAGACUGUUGUGUGAAUUGUUUUAUCAAUUAACUAAUGCGAGAAAACUUUUCAUAAUGGGCAGAUAUAACGACAACAUACAAAAAGUAGCCAAAAAUACAGAGUCCACAUCAUUACUGUUUGGUGAUGAAUUUAAAGCAAUUCUAGAAAAUGCUAAAUCUAUGGAAAAAGCUGUUAAGGAUUUGAAACCAAAAAAUAACAAUUAUAACAAUUAUAGACCACCUCUAAGUCAGAAUAAUUAUAAUACAGCUAACAACAACAAUAACGCUUUAAACUGGAAAAGCUCGCCCUCCAACCGUGGGGGCAGGGGGAGCUACAAGAAUCAACAACCUUACAAUCGACUAGGCAACUCAAGAUCAUCCAAUUCCAGCAGCUCUUCGUACCACAGGACGUAUCCAGCAAGGAGAUUUUACACACAAUCCCAACCUUACCAGCAGAGGAGACGAUAAAUUCAGUUGAAAAUGUUAAGGAAACUAACGCACCCACUGGCCUCGGACCUUACCCUGGUGGCAGGAGUGUUAUCAGGCAGAGCUUUAAGAAAAAGAAUCUGGAAGAAACCACAAUAGAUAUUAUGACAUCUUCGAUAACAGAGAGUACGACAAAACAGUACAAUACAAGUCUCCAAUAUUGGUGGAAUUUUUGUAAAGACAAGGAACAGGAUCCAUAUUAUGCAGAAGAAGAUAUUGUUAUUAACUGCCUGACAAAGAAAUUUAAUGAAGGAGCAGCAUACGGCACCUUGAACACACUCAGAUCUGCUAUAUCCUUGAUAAAUCAACAUGACAACUCAAAUAGCUCAUUAAUUAAUAGAUUUUUUAAAGGCGUAUACAAACUAAGACCUACUGCACCAAAAUACUGCAGUACGUGGAACGUGGAUGACGUGUUAGAUAUGUUAGAGACUUGGAGUCCAUUAGAAUCUUUAAAUCUACAGAAUCUCACUUUAAAACUAGUCAUGUUAUUAGCACUGGGGUCAGCAUUUAGAGUACAAUCACUAGCUCUUAUUAAAUUAAACAAUAUAAAGAAAUUACCUAGCGGAAUAGAAAUAAGGAUUUUAGAUCUCAUAAAAACUUCAAAACCAGGAGCAGCACAGCCAUAUGCCUUUUUUCCUUUCUUUACAGAAAGGACAUCGCUGUGCAUUGCAAGAACAUUAUUAUAUUACAUGCAAGCUACUAAAGAUAUUAGAGGUGAUACACAAGAAUUAUUUAUCUCUUUCAAGAGACCAUACAAGAAGAUAUGUUCUCAAAGUAUUAGUAGAUGGCUCAAGACAGUCAUGAGAGAAGCUGGUAUAUCAGAAGAAUUUACAGCCCAUAGCACGAGACAUGCAUCUACAUCUAAAGCUGUAAAUCAAGGAUUAGAUAUAAGCAUUAUUAAGAAUGCAGCCACCUGGUCAGAAAAGUCCAAAGUUUUUAGUAAAUUUUAUAAUAGACCAAUUAAGGGUAAUGAAAGAAAUUUUGCUGAGACUGUUUUUUCAUAAUAAUUUUUGUUCUAAGAAAGAAAUUUUAUAAUGAAUUUUAAGUAGCAUUAUAAUAUUUAUAAGAAAGAAGCUUAAAGGCUGAUUGAACUAAAGAUGUUAGUUAUAAGAUGUUACAUUAUUUAAUAAACUUUUAAUGAGUUGUAAUUUAAAUAAAGAAUUUGAAAUGAAA